UAAAUUCACGACAGCGUCCUCUGGGGUUAGCUCUGCUCCAGAUCGCUCGCUCGAGAAUAAAGCUAAACGGGUUUCGUUUCAGAUUAGGUUUUAAAAAUUUUAUUUUAAAACUGCAUGAGGUGGAAUUAACGAACCGGCGCACGCGGGGUGGGCGGGGUUAGGCUGCGCCGCCCCUUCACGACCCCUCGUUGAGCAAAACGCGGGGCCCUCCUCUCGGUGACGUCACGCGCCCAACCCGGAAACGGCAGAGCGCUUUUUCUUCUUCGGAGCUCGCGGGCCGCUCGCCGUCCUUCGCUCCCUCCUCGCCGUCUUCCUUUUUCUCCUCCGUCGGCGUGCCGUCCGAGCUGCCUCCGUCGGCGACGAGGAGGGCAGUCUUGCUGGAGGACCGAGACCACAGGCCACCCGCCAGGCCGUGCCUCGACGCCCCUGACCCGCGCCUGAGCCCCUCUUCUGCCGCCACGUCGCCACAGGUAUCAACAUGGGGAACCUGCUGAAGGUGCUGACCUGCACCGACCUGGAACAGGAGCCCAAUUUCUUCCUGGAUUUCGAAAACGCUCAGCCCACAGACGGCGAGCGCGAGGUGUGGGAGCAGGUGGACGUGGUGCUGAAGGACGCCAAGGCCAUCCUGGACGAGCUGCAGGCCUACAAAGGGGCCGGGGAGCAGAUCAGAGAGGCCAUCCAGAACCCCAACGACGAGGUGCUCCAGGAGCAGGCGUGGGCGGCGGUUGUCCCCCUGGUGGGGAAGCUCAAAAAGUUCUACGAGUUCUCGCAGAGAUUAGAAGCGGCGCUGCACAGCCUGCUCGGCGCGUUGACCGGCGAGACGUACGACGACCCCACGCAGCACCUGGAGCGGGAGCAGGCGCUCGCCAAGCAGUUCGCAGAGAUCCUGCACUUCACGCUGUGCUUUGACGAGCUCAAAAUGACAACUCCCGCCAUUCAGAACGACUUCAGCUACUACAGGAGAACGCUGAGCCGCAUGCGCAUCAACAACCUACCGGCCGAGGGUGAAAAUGAAGUCAACAACGAACUGGCCAACCGGAUAUCGCUCUUCUACGCCGACGCCACGCCCAUGCUCAAGACGUUAAGCGACGGCACGAGGAGGUUCGUGUCGGAGAACAAGGACCUGCCUAUCGAGAACACCACAGACUGCCUGAGUACCAUGGCGAGCGUCUGCAAAGUCAUGCUGGAAACGCCGGAAUACCGCAGCCGCUUCGCCAGCGAGGACACGGCGUCGUUCUGCCUGCGGGUGAUGGUGGGCGUCAUCAUCCUCUACGACUACGUCCACCCCGUCGGCGCCUUCGCCAAGUCGUCAAAGAUCGACAUGAAAGGUUGCAUCAAAGUGCUGAAGGAUCAGCCGCCCAACAGCGUGGACGGCCUCCUCAACGCUCUCAGAUGCUCGCUGAUAAGCGCUUCGGCUCGCUUUUUGUUUUCUCGAGCGGCUCGCUCAGCCCCCCGACCCGAAGAGAUUCUGAACCGUCAACCGUUGGCGAUAUUUGGCAGGAUGAAAUUAGCGAUGGCGGAUUAAUCGUCUGAAUAAUAGAUUUUGCCCGACUGAAAUGAAAAAGAAAUGUAAAUGUAAAAAAAAAAAUGUAAUAAAACUGGAUAAAUGUUAGUGGGAAAAAAAAAAAGUUUUGUACUGGUGUAACUACUGUACAUACUUGAGUGUUUCGCUGUAGGAUGUGUGCCUUUAAGGGGCGUGGCCUACUGAGUUGCGCUAGCUUGGCUGCGAUCAGUGGCCGACAGCUGCUUUUGAGUAUUGUCAUUUUUUUUUUUUUAAUGAAGUAAAAAAUAUUACCUAAAAAUUAUUCAAAUGUAAAAUGAUCCAUAAUGUAUAACAACACCCAAAUGUAUCAAGGAUAAAAAGCAAAGUAAAAUUGAAAUUAAACUAAAAACCGGUUCAUACAAAAAAGUUGUAGCCCCAAAAAAAAAUUAACCAUGCAAAAAUGUCCCAAAAAAAUUUUUUUUAAACGUUUUUUUAUUUUUUGUGGUCCUGUGAGGUCGUCACUCAUGUUUAUAACAAGAGGCCGCUCGCGCUCAUCAGAAAAUCUCCGAGGAGCUCUCGGCCGCGGCGACUUGAGCGCAUGUGUCGCC